UUCUAUUUGGACUUCUGCAAGCUUUGUGCACCAAAAGGACAGUAGCCUCGAGCUAAUGCUCUCCCCAGGCUCUCUGUGAUUGACGAGGAAUGCCUAGUUGAAAUGGUUUUCUGGUCUUUAUCAAUCGUUGACUUUUGAAGGCUAUUUUAAAGUAUAAUUCUGAAAAUAAUGCUUUUAAGAUGUCAUAGAAUCAACACAAUAAGAUUUUCAAGGCUUUGUGGACUAAGAUCCUUUUUGAAUAUAUGUAAAGUUUCUAUGUCUUCCCACAUCGAAAGAACUGAAUCAUCCUUCAGAAAUGAGGGCAUAUAUUUAGCUAAAGUAAUAAAAUUAAAUAACUUGUCAAGCACAGUGAAGAGUUUGGACCUUCAAGUGGCUGAUGGCUCCUUUGGCUUUAAACCAGGACAAUGGGUGGAUUUUAUUAUUCCUGGUUUAUCUGUUGUUGGAGGUUUUUCUAUUUGCUCAAGCCCAGAGGAACUUUUAAAAACUAGCAAUAUUCAACUUGCAGUGAAGUAUAGUGACCAUCCUCCUGCAAAGUGGGUGCAUACAAAGUGUAAAGUUGGUGAUAAAGUUCAACUGAGAGUUGGUGGGGAUUUCCAUCUUACCCUUCCACAAAGUAGUGUUGUCAAACCAAGUUUACUGUUCAUUGCUGGGGGUGUUGGGAUAAACCCUUUAUUGUCCAUGUUGAAGUUUUCUGCUGAACAUUCAUCAUUCUAUGGCAAUACAGCCCUUCUGUUUAGUGCAGGAUUGGAGGAUGAACUUCUUUUUAAGAGUGAAAUUAUUAGUAUUUGCAAAGAACACCGUCAUUUCAAGUGCAGUUUCUUUGUCAGUAAAGAGCGCAAAGAUGUGUUUGACCAGUGGACUAAAGGUGGACGAAUAACCAAAGAAACAAUUAAAACUACUAUUGCAAGUUUGGAUGUCAACAAUCUUCAGGUGUACAUUUGUGGACCACAGUCAAUGAUUUCUUUUGUUUCUGACAGCAUUCUUGCUCUUGGAAUUAGCAAUAACAGAAUUCACUUUGAGAAAUGGUGGUAAUCCAAGUUGACUGCAAUGUACUUUUAGUUAUGAAAAAAAAACAUUCUCAGCAAAAUGACAUUUAACAAAAUUCACUGAGUGUGUAUUUGAUAUAAUUAAUAUUGAACUUCAACAUGGCUAUUAUUAGCAGGAAAACAUGAUUGACCUGGUAUAUUAAGACAACAACAAUAUUGGAUUGGGGUUGUAAGAGACAUUUUUUGUUUUAAUAUUGAAAUUAUUUAUUGACAAUUGUUGAUCUGCAAUUAACCAAUUGCACAAACUUCUUUACUGGUGAGUAGCAGUGGUAAUACAUUUUAUUUAUAAUUUUGUCAAUUUUUUUAUAAUUAUCAAUUUUUUUCUGAA